AUCGACACAAACACAGUACACACAAACCUCCAACUGUCUGACAACAACAGGAAGGUGACAAAUGUGGAGGAGGUUCAGUCAUAUCCUGAUCAUCCAGACAGAUUUGAUUAUUGCCCUCAGUUACUGUGUAGAAAUGGUCUGACUGGUCGCUGUUACUGGGAGGUCGAGUGGAGCGGAGACGUUUUUAUAUCAGUGAGUUACAGAAGAAUCAGAAGGAAAGGAGACAGUAAUGACUGUGUGUUUGGAUGGAAUGAGGAGUCCUGGAAUUUGAGCUGCUCUGAUUAUGGUCCUCACUCGGUCAGGCACAAAAACAGUGAAACGCCCAUCAUCUCCUCCUCCUUCUCCUCCUCCUCUGUCUCUAACAGAGCAGCAGUGUAUGUGGACUGUCCUGCUGGCACUCUGUCCUUCUACAAAGUCUCCUCUGACACUCUGAUCCACCUCCACACCUUCAACACCACAUUCACUGAACCUCUUUAUCCUGGAUUUACAGUCUUGUUUCCCGGGUCCUCAGUGUUUGUCUUCUGUGGCGAGUCUAAAGAGUCUGCUCCUGUUAGAGAAAGCUUUGACUGUUGAACAGAUAGUUCAGUCUGUACAUGUCUCCUUCACUCAGUAACUGCCAUGGUCCUGGGUCUGUGGCCCAGUGUUUUGUAUUUGUGUUUUUGUAUUUUCAGUGUCCAAUUUGAUUUUAAAUUAAACACUCAAAUUAGGGCUACUGUAAAGUCCAGUUUUUAUCAUUUAAGGCGCUUGGCAAAGGUAAGACCUAUUUUAUCCAGGCAGCAUUUUGAAACAGUAAUCCAUGCUUUUAUUUCAUCUUGUUUGGAUUACUGUAAUGCUCUGUAUUUUGGAGUUAGUCGGUGUCUUCUCUCUCGUCUGCAGCUGGUUCAAAAUGCUGCUGCAUGACUUUUAACCAGAACUCGUAAAAGAGAACACAUAACUCCCACCCUCGCUUCACUCCAUUGGCUGCCUGUAUAUCUUAGAGUUCAUUUUAAAAUUGUCAUGUUUGUUUUUAAAUUUUUAAAUGAAGUUGCCCCAACUUACCUCUCUGAGCUUCUGCAUCCUUACUCACCCCCAAGGUCUCUCAGGUCAGCUGACAAGCUGCUCCUGGAGGUACCCAGGUCCAAGAGAAAGCUCAGAGGGGACAGGGCCUUCUCUAUUGCUGCUCCUAAUCAGUGGAACAAUCUGCCGCAGCACAUUAGAAAGACCCCUUAAUUGUCCACUUUACUCUUUGGCUUAUGACACAGUCUGACCCUGAUUUUGAUGUUUUAAUCUAAUGUGCUGAUUUUAUUGUUUUAAAUGUAAUUUAAAUUAUCACCUUAUUUUUUUCAAUAUUCUUUCUUUAUUUUAUAUUAUUUUCGUUUUUUUUUUUUUUUUUAACUUGUUCAAUAUAUCAUUUCUGGCAUGUCAAGUGUAAAGCACUUUGUGUUCAGCUACAUAUAUAUAUAUAUAUAUAUAUAUAUAUAUAUAUAUAUAUAUAUAUAUAUAUAUUGUAAAUAGGCACUGAAACAGAAGGGCUGCCUAAUUAUUUUCUGGUACUGUUUUCGAGUUAGGUGUAGUGUGUCUCUUUUGAUGAUUUACAUUUCACAUAGGGUUUUAGGUAGCACCUCCUCUCCUGGCUUAGCUUGUUUUGUUUGUUGUUUUGGCCUUUGUUCACCCGGAGCUCAUUUUCAGUGUAGACAAAUAAACCAUCAUCCACUUACGAAA